AGCAGGAGGACUUGGACCCUUCCUUGGUGACCAUGUUCAGCCGCUGGUUCCUGGGUGAACCGAAACUGAACUGUGCGAUUGUCUCUUCAGUCGGGAUCUGGUCUACCCAAGACUGCAGCACUCCGUCUUACCUCAUGUGUUACAGCGAAGAUGAGUUGGUCUGAUGCUCAGACUUACUGCCGCUCCAAAUACACCGACCUGAGCACCGUCCGCAGUCUGGAGGACAACAAGGACAUCGCCAGUCUGCUGCAGAGCCUCAUCAGCCUCAAAGAUCUAGUUCCUGCCGCCUGGAUCGGUUUGCACAGAAACUUCUGGAUGUGGUCGGACGCGAGCAACGCCUCCUACAGUAGCUGGGCGGAUAAGCAGCCGGACAUGGGGGGGAGUAAAGACUGUGUGAAGAUGAAGAUAGACGACCACACGGCCGACUGGAGCACUGAAUCCUGCAGCAAUGCGAUGUUCUUCAUCUGUUACUCAGACGUGCGAGUGUCGGCGCUGCGGUCGGUGAAAGUUCGGCUGAGUGGAGGAUCUGUUGAGCUGAACGACCCGGCGCUGCAGGACGCCAUCCUGCUGCAGCUGCAGCAGAAGCUGGAGGCAGCGGGGAUCAGAGAGGAAGUGAAGCUGAGAUGGAGGAAGCAGCCCGAUGGGAAGGUUUUCCACAGAGCGCCACCUACUGGCUGGGAGGAGGAACCUGGGAUCCAUAUUUAA